UCUGGCUUAACCGUUUUCCUCAACAUUGUUCACUUCCGGUUCGGAAAGGUUCCUAACGAGCUUGACUUGGAUUCCUUGCUGGCAUUAUCCGUAUUAACGGACAGAUACCUUGCAACAGCCUGUGUCCAGCCAUGGAUCGAAAACUGGAUGCAGAAAUUGGAACACCUCGCGGAGAAGGAUGAUUGCUACGAAUGGCUUUGGAUCGCAUGGGAAUACGGGAACAAGAAAGUGUUCGAGAGAUUGGCUAGGCGGCUAGUCCUUGACUUGACACUGAACGAGGAGGGCGAGUUGUUG